AACCAAUCAAUUCUUCGGAGAAUCCGAAGUGCAGACCACAACAGUAUCUGCCAACGCGGUAUGCCGAGCUGACAUGUCACGGAGGGCAGGGGUAAAAGCUUGGCGCCCUCGACCGACGUUCCCGGCUUGAUCUGCAGGGCUCAAUUGACCUCCCACCUUCGCAAACUUUUUCAACCACCAACCAGCCACACGGCUGGAUAUAACGUCGACAUGAUGCAAUAUCUAUACGCGGGCCUCGCGCUUAUUCCUCUGUGGUGGAUGGUGACGUCGGCUUGGGGCCUGCUGCGCAAUUACCGUGUCGCCAAACGAGUCGGCCUCCCUAUGAUCGUCAUCCCCUGGAAUAUUGACAGUGCUUUCUAUGUUGUUUUCGCCAAUCCCUUGCGACCGUUCUGGGAAAGUCGACUAGGCCCCGGCUAUCUUCGCGACGUCUUAACCGUGACGACAUAUGGAUAUGAGUUUUGGAACCGUUCCAACAUUGCCCGUCGCAUCGGGCCCUCGUUUCUCGUCGUCACGCCUGUCGUGAUUCGUCUGCACUGUGGCGAUGCCGCCAUGAUUCACUGUAUUCUAUCUCGCGCCAAUGUCUGGGUGCAGGAGAAACGGGCCAUCAACAUCUUAGGCAUCGUCGGCCAAAACCUGUCGUCGUCAAACGGCGAGCAAUGGCAACGCCAGCGCCGCAUAGUCGCCCCGAGUCUCAAUGAGCGCAUCAGUAAGCUCGUAUGGGACGAGAGCAGCCUCCAGGCGCGCCAGAUGGCAUCGUACAUGCUCGCCCAGCCGGGCGGGGAGUCCCGUGAUGGCGCCGACGGCGUCCGCGCCAUUGCCACUCAUGUUCUCGGCGCCGUCGCCUACGGCCAACCCCAACCGUGGAAAAUCUUGGAGCUGCCUAGCGACCCCGAUGCCGACAUCGGGUACACGGAUGCCGUCUCGUUCCUGGCCGAGUUCAUCAUCGCCGCCUCUCAUGUUCCAAAAAGCAUCUUGCGGUCCCGUUUCAUGCCCAAGCAGAUCCACAUGGUAGCAGAUGUGCUCGACAAGAUGCCUGUUCUCGCUCAGAAGCUGCUCGACAGCGUGCGGGCGGCGCAGACGGCCCAGCGCCCCUCGGGCCACUCUGCCGACGAAUCCCAGCCUCGAGAGACCAUCGCCAGCAUCCUCGUCCGCCUUUCCGACGAGGCUAGGAGCACCAACGGUCACGCACCCAAGUCCAACGGCGCCGCCGGAAAGCAGUACCUGACCCAAAAUGAAAUGUUUGGCAACCUGUUUCAGUUCACGCUUGCCGGCCUCGACACGACUGCUUUCACCAUGACAUACUCGAUCGCUCUGCUCGCCAUCUAUCCGGAAUGGCAAACCUGGAUCCAGGCCGAGUUGGACGACGUCUUGGGACCUAUCGACCCCAAAGACGACACGCCGGUCGAUUACAACACCAUCUUCCCCAAACUCACCCGCUGCCAAGCUUUCACGUUCGAAGUCCUCCGCCUUUACACCAUGAUCGUCCACAUGGCGCGCGAACUGUCCAAGGAAUCCUCCAUCCUCACCGACACCAACGGCGUCUCCCACGAACUCGUCGCCCCCGUCGACGCCUACAUCUGCACACCCAUCCCCCACCGCGACGCGCGCUUUUGGGGUCCUGACGUCGACGAGUUCCGCCCCACGAGAUGGUUCGAUCCCGGCGCCGCCCCCGGCGCACCCAACCCCUUCAUCACGCCGCGGCCGGGCGCCUAUGUCCCCUGGUCGAUUGGCCCGCGCGUUUGUCCCGGCCAGAAGAUGGCGCAGGUCGAGGUUGCCGCGGUGCUGUCGACUUUCCUUAGGACGUGCUCAGUGUUGCCGGCGCUCGAAGAGGGGGAGACGUUAGAGCAGGCGAGGAAGAGGUUGUUGGGUGUGCUGGAGGAUAGUCAGCCUACUAUUACGCUGAGGCCAAGGGAUAAGAAGGCUAUUUACUUGAAGUGGGUGAGGCGGUGAGGUGGGGUGGAUGCGAGUUUUGGAGAGGGGAUGCUUUGGGAGUGGAUAGGCGGCAAGGUUGGGUUCGUGAAUUUGCAAGAUUUUGGAUAGUCUUUGAAUUCGAGACAUAGCCAAGAUGUCUCUUUAUCUGGAAAACUACGGGGCACUCUAUUUCCCCCCGGGGGGGCCGGGGGGGAUGCUGACCGGGGCAUGGCGAUGUGUAGUAGAGAACUGUCCUCUGGAUAGUAUUUGAGGCGGAUACACAUUGGCGUUUGCGCCCCAUAUGCUAAUAUUUCAUAGGCCCGGGAGUAAUCAUCUAGCUUGAUAAGGAGCCGGUACGCAAGUCUGGAGUGGGAUAAGCGAACGGGGAAUCGAAUAUCUCUGUAUGGGCAAGUGGGCGACCGGCUCAACGCGUCACAUGCUCCACGCCC